GACUGAGCCCAACUCCGAUUAUUUUUGGAGGCCAGCUGUAUCAGCCUGACCUCGACGGAAGCGAGCGCCUCGUAGCUGACGUCAAGAUGACAGUGACCCGAAACCGGGACAGUAUUCCUUCAUGGAAUGGCGAUCCUGCCUCCUGGACAGAAUACCGAAGAGCUGCCUUGCUAUACGUGGAGACAACCAAGUGGGAGACCCGCUACCUUUGCGGGCCUCGCCUGGCCAGUGAACUUACUGGGCCAGCAAGAGCCUCAAUUGCCAACAAGAAGGCACAAUGGUUGUCAACUCCAGAUGGGGUCCACCGCCUCUUGAAGCACCUGCAAGGAGCUAUUUCGGAGCCAAUUCUGCCAGAAGUGGGCAACACCCUGCGUGCGUACUUCAAGCACCUUCGCAGGCGCAAGGGUGAGACUAUGACCAGCUUUUGCGUCCGACACCGUGAAGAGUAUGAACGAGUUUGUCGAGCCCUUUCCCGGAUGGUGAAGGACCAGAAGCCGCAUGUGCCGGACAAGCGGCAGCCGCCAGUGAGGCGGCCCCGCUCCAGGGGAGUCUGGAAGGCGGUGGUCAAGGACCAGCAGCUGGAAGCGACGCAGAUGGCGGAGAUCCGUGGCUGCAGUGGUACCAGACUCAGGGAGACCAUGCCAACAGUGAGUCGGGAGAUUCUCACUAGACUUGGCGUGGCGACUGGGCCUGGGGUGGUUGGCAGCAAACACACUGGAAGGAUGGCAGCGCCAGCACAAUGUGACGAUGAGGACGAGGAGAUGACGGUGGACAUUCUCCCUGAUGUGGUCCAGGGGUGGCUUCUCCUUGAGAGCAUCAUCCAGUGUGACAUCAAGUCGCAUUUCUCCCUUCAAGGGGUCUCCUUGAGGGCUCACUGGACAGACAGCCAGGUUCGCCGAAGAGAUGGUGCUGACGACCGGCAUCAGGCCAACUUCGAGGACCUGGACUGGGAUGAGCAGGAUGAAACCCUGGAGUGGGACCAGGGCUACUUUGAGAACUGGGACCCCUCGGACAUCGCGCUCUUCCAGGAAGAUGAGGCUGUCGAGCAGGAAGCGUGGGCGCAGAAAGGGCUACGGCGUGCUGGAUGGCGGCGCGACCGCACUAUGGGAUCCAUGGUGGCCUUGGAGCAGGCGAGAGAGGCCAGCUUUGAGCACCAGUCCCAGGACAACGUGGCGGAGGUGCCCGUAGCUAAUACCUCUGCCUCCUCCUUCGACAAAGGAGCUCCUCUCGUUCAGGGUGGAUGCGCCGGACAGCCUCACGGUGGUGGAGCUGCGAGCCCUGGUGAAGCGCAACAGGGUGUCCCACGCCUGAGAGGCCCCUCCGACCCGAACGACCUCAUGCAGCAGACCCAAAAGGGGACACUGGCCGAGCUCAAGGUCUUUGCGCAGAAGCACCAGAUCAACCAUGCGGCCAACAUCAGUCAUGGAGACCUUCGUCUUCACCUUCGUCGCUGGCUCUACCGCAGCGGCACUCCCGAGACGGCGGUGUCCUUUGGGAGGCACCAAGGCAAGACAUUCCAGGAGGUGCUCCAGGAGGACAAGCAGUACCUCGAGUGGGGUUUGAAAGAAGCCAGCAGCAACGCCAGUGCGGGAUGGCAGCUGGUUCAGCUGGUGACAUGGGCGGUCCUGGACGGACACCUCGACUCACCGUUCGAUUCCGACAUGAAGGGCCGUGUCACCAAGACAAAGCUCAGCCACGGGGCCGAGUCCGUCAAGAAGAAGCAGGCCAAUGGCCCGAGCUCAGCGGCCAGCAGCAGCGGCGCGGCGAUGACAACGGAGGAUGCGGCAGAGUUGUUGAAAACCAUGAGGGCCAUGCAGACCGAGAUCCGUGCGCUCAAGGAGGCGCAGGAGUCCACCCACGAGCCGAAGCACGAGAAGAUGCGUCGGCAGGAGUGA